AUGAGAAACUGUCCUUAUGCUUCGGCUGUAGGAAGUCUCAUGUACGCAAUGCUUUGCACUAGGCCAGACAUUUGUUAUGCAGUGAGCAUUGUGAGUAGAUAUCAAUCCAAUCCAGGUUCUGAGCAUUGGACAGCAGUGAAAUAUAUCCUCAAAUAUUUAAAUAGGACCAAACAUUAUUUCUUGGUGUUUGGUGGUGAGGAUUUGACUGUCCAAGGGUAUACAGAUUCUGAUUUUCAAUCUGAUAUUGAUGAUAGAAAAUCAAUUUCUGGAUUUGUGUUCACUCUUGGCAAGGGAGCAAUAAGUUGGAGAAGUUGCAAGCAAGAUACUACUGCAGACUCUACUACAGAAGCAGAGUAUAUAGCUGCAAGUGAAGCUGCAAAGGAAGCUGUGUGGAUUCGCAAGUUCAUUCAAGAACUUGAAGUUGUUCCUUCUAUUGAGUCACCCAUUACUAUCUAUUGUGACAAUAAUGGGGCUAUUGCAAAUGCAGUAGAACCAAGGGCUCAUCAAAGGACAAAACAUAUUGCACGUAAAUAUCACUUGAUACGUGAUAUUAUACAAAGAGGUGAUGUAGCAAUAACAAAGAUUGCCUCUGCCAAUAAUGUUGCAGAUCCACUCACAAAGGCAUUGUCUCAAAAAGUGUUUGAGAAACAUUUGGAAGCAAUGGGUAUUAAAUACAUGUAUGAUUGGUUUUGA